UAGCUCUCGCAGGAUUGUGGAUAUGUUGUCCUUGAAGUACUUCAUAUUCUCGGCCUGAGGGCCUAUGAAAUAGGAGCUGAUGGCUUGGUGAGUGAGGUCGCCGUGGUCAGACAUUGUCAAAAGCUGCUAUCGCGGAUGACUAGAAUCGAUGGUAGAGGAGUUGGACUGGUAUGGUGGAUUCUUGGAGGACUAACCAGUACUUAUAUUGCGCGCGCUCUCAGCGAACUGGCUUUCUUUGCCUGGGAUCAUACGAAGUGGAGAAAUCAUAAUCAGUGGCGCAAAUUGCUUAUUCCGAGGUCAUAUUAUUAGAGUAGGGUUGCAUUGAGCUUCGGGGUAGAGGCAAAUGAACGGUUAUAGCACGCAA